UAAUCGGCUGCCAUUGCUUGAUAGUUUUCAAUCUCUCACAUUUAAAACAAAAUCAAUCAAAUAGGAAAAGAAAAUCAUGGAUUCGGACGAGGAGGAUUACGUUUUCUUCGGUACACCUAUAGAGCGUGAGGAAGAGAUCACCGACCGUCGGAAAAAAGCCGCUGCUGAAGCUUCUGGCAACCUCCGCUCACUCCCUUCCUAGAAGCAAGAUGUAUAACUUUCAUCCUCCUUUUUUUUUCUUGCUGAGAUUGUAAGUGACAAAAUUUGAACUUUCCAAGGACCUAUCCCAGUUUGAGCUCGACACCGUCUGGAUGCCUAGAAAGUUUAGGGAAAAGAAAAUUAAAGAAAACAGGACAUGAAAGCCGAUGGAAGUUGCAUUUACUUAUUUAUUUAUUUAUUUACUUGUUUUCGUUUGGAAAAUUGCUAGUUCUCAGUUGGCGGUUUCUUUAUGUAAUUUGGAUCCUUGUGAAUUGUGAUAGUCAAAGCAAAUUGUGCUUUUAGGUAGUAUUUGAAGGUAAAUCAGUUCCUUAAUAGGAAUGGAAGCUUUUGAUGGACUUCGCUUCAUUUGCAGUUGGUUCUAAACGACUUGUCUUGGAAUUGCUUUAAAAGAAAAAAUGCAGAGAAUUUCUGGGUCUCUAUUUUAGUGGCUUCUUUACUUUAAUGAUUCUUCAACUCGUGACACCAACUUGGUUAAUUCCAUUGUAUAAUAGUAUAGAUAAGGUUAGAGAUGAAGAAGGGCGAAGAAGAUUCCAUGGUGCAUUUACAGGUUGGGCCCCACAGUCAUUUACCUCAUGGUGGAAGAACAGAGCCGAAGUCAAACAGCAGAGCAUUUUCAACUUUUUAGAUGAAGAUGAGAAAGAUUUUGACACAUUUGGAUUUACAGCUGCUAAGUAUGCUGGCAACAAGCUGGUAAGGAAUAAAAGCAAAGGUCUGUCAAAUGCUUGUAUACAUUUCUUCUUAUCAGCAGCGCCACAUAUUGAUGGUUUACCAGAGAACAUAUCUGGUAAAGUCAUUGUGGAAAAGUUUGCUCAAGAUGAUAAGAAAGUCAAAUCACCCUCCAUGCAUCCAAGAAACAGAACAGUAGUUCCUCAUCAGAAGAUGAAAGGAGUAGAAAACAUUCUAGGCGACAUCGUUAUAGAAGCAGUGAUUCAUGGAGCGAUAAUCGUGAUCGCCACCGUUCUAGGUCAAAAGGAAGAAGGAAAAAUUCCUCCCUGGAAAAGAGUAGUAGCAGCAGAAAACACUCAAAACGUCAUAAGCACAGAAACAGGAACUCUCCCAGAAGGUCCAAUCAAGGCUCUAAGAGGGAACAUUCAGAAGCCAGGAAAGAGAAACAAAACAGAGGGCUUGAACAUAAGCUUCUAUUUUUUUCAUUCCCAUCUUCAUAUAGAAAAUUCCGGUUGUAUAUCUUCAUGGAUCCAACUUCCAAAAUUUGACUGCUUGUUUGAUGUUAUGGGGCAAUGGUCUUGCCACUGAACCAUUUGUGGAGAUCCAUCACUAGCGUAGCAUGCUGCUUAUGCUGAGGCUUAUGGUUUGCGUCCAGAUCUUGAUUUGAGCAAGGUAGGAGGAUCCAUGGAGAUUUGCAGUAGUGAGGAUUAAAAUUGAUAAAACGAUUCAUUUAAAAGCAGAAGCAUAGGCCUGGUUAGGGAAGAAAAAGGAACAGAGGAGAUGGGGAUUUAGAGAGAUCGGUGAUGCUCUUAAUUUGAAGAAGUCAUCAGCCAUGGAGCUUCUGUUUAGAAUAAUUAAUCGAUUGUCGUCAGAAGUAUCAAGUCCAUGAAUUUUGAAACUUGAAACAUGCUUUCUCUCAAUCUUUUCUUUAAAAUUCUAUACAUAAGAGAAAAUGCCACUGUGAUGAUUAU